UGAGAUCGUCGAAGUGUUGCAAUAAAAAAAGAACGAUAUCUAUCCGAUACUUUCUUUUUCCUUGGGUCACAAAAUUCACAAACUCCACCAAAACAUCUGCAUUCUGCAACACUAAACCUGGCCAAAAACACUAGAAUGGAGAAUAAGAUGGUUACAGACCUACAUCAACUACAACAAUCACAGCAACUAAAUGACCUAAUACAAUCGCUCGAACAAGCUACUCUAAUGGCGAAACAACUUCCAGCAAUCUCCGACUCCGAUCAACACCGCCUAAUACUAUCUUCUCUUUCAUCCGCACAACUUUCUCUCUCCUCCUUCCUCACUCUCCACAUCAACAACAACUACGCCGACAACUCUGUCUCGUGCGCCGACGUCUCUGACGAUGAUCCGAUGGUUGCUGUCGACGAUGAAGACGACGACGAAGAGCAGAUUUCGAAGGAUUCGUCGAUGGAAAGAGUGGAGGAGAAGAUGAGAGAUUCUCUUUCCAUUCAGAAUAAGCGGCCGAAAAGACCGCUUUCUCCUUCGUCUGUUAGUGCGCUAGAACGACGGCGUAUUGAGGAGAGAGAAAGUGUUAGGGUUUCGCCGGAUUUUGAUCCUCUUGGGAAUCGGUCGAGAAAAAUUGACCUUGUUUUUCAAUUUCACGGCUAACCCUAGAUUUUGAUCAUUUUUUUUUUGUAUCAGUUGUGUACUUGGGGGAAUAAUAUUUUCAUGGUGUUUUUUCCCCUUUAUUAUUAUAUUUAUUAUUUAAUUGGUCCUGAUUACUUUU